CCCGACCCGUCCUUCUGGGACUCCAUGGGGAUCACUUUCUUAUACAAGGCUUCCUCAGCCGCCAGAAAACCCUAGUAGCUUACUUCGCUCUGGUUGGAAUACGUGAAGUGGGUCACUGGAAAGGCUAAGUUUCAACCAUGAGUAAGCUUCAGAGUGAUGCACUCAGAGAGGCUAUUUCUACCAUCACUACCGAGUCAAAGGAGAAAAAAAGAAACUUUACUGAGACUGUUGAACUCCAGAUUGGACUGAAAAAUUAUGAUCCCCAAAAGGAUAAGCGGUUCAGUGGUUCUGUAAAGUUGCCGCACAUUCCUAGGCCCAAGAUGAAGGUUUGUAUGCUUGGAGAUGCUCAGCAUGUUGAGGAGGCUGAGAAAAUAGGUCUGGACUAUAUGGAUGUUGAAGCUUUAAAGAAGCUCAACAAAAACAAGAAGCUAGUAAAGAAACUAGCAAAGAAAUACCAUGCUUUCUUAGCAUCUGAAGCUGUAAUUAAGCAGAUUCCCCGUCUUUUGGGCCCUGGUCUCAACAAGGCAGGGAAAUUCCCCACCCUUGUUACUCAUCAAGAGUCCCUGGAGUCCAAAGUUAAUGAGACGAAGGCAAUGGUUAAGUUCCAAUUGAAAAAGGUUCUUUGCAUGGGAGUUGCAGUAGGAAAUCUUUCCAUGGAGGAGAAGCAGAUAUUCCAGAAUGUGCAAAUGAGCGUUAAUUUCCUCGUUUCACUUCUGAAAAAGAACUGGCAGAAUGUCAGGUGCUUAUACUUGAAGACUACCAUGGGGAAGCCACAACGUAUAUUUUAAGCGUUAUGUUUUAAUUUUAUCUUUGUAGACCCAGUUGGGAAGGUUUUGUAGGGAAGCUUUGUUAUUUACCGAAAGUGUUUUAUUGUCAUACAACACUAGGUAUCUUUGCUGUUGGUUAGCCUUUUUUACUCUUGUUGGUCUUAAUGCUUAUUGAUUAUUAUUUGACCGGACUA